AUCCAGUUUUUUUCUUUUCGCACACAUACAAAAACGCCCAAUAAAUUACAGUUGCAAUUGCAGUCCGUGGCAAGGAAAAGUUUUGUAAUCAUCAUUAAUAAGGAGGCUGGCUGCACAGUGCACUGAGAAUACAGGCACUGCAAGUAAACAGUACACAACAUUCCAAAUUCUGAGAAACAGAAACAGUAACAAAGUGCCUGCUGCUGUGCCCCGCUCUCUGACCAGUGUAACAAAAGUGUAAAACAAAUAAUUUAUCAAUUAUGAAUUUCCUGGGCUUUGGCCAAUCAGCCGAAAUUGAUAUUGAAUUUGAUGGUGCGGAAAAUAGAAAAACAGCUGAGGUUAAGGGCGAGGAUGGCAAAGUGGAAAAGAUGUUGCUGUACUAUGAUGGCGAAACAGUAUCCGGCAAGGUGAAUGUGACUUUAAAGAAGCCGGGCAGCAAGCUGGAGCAUCAGGGCAUUAAGAUCGAGUUUAUUGGACAAAUCGAACUAUUCUACGACAGAGGCAAUCACCAUGAGUUCAAGUGCCUUGCCAAGGCGUUAGCACGCCCUGGCGAUCUUAUACAAAACAACAGUUAUCCCUUUGAUUUCCCCAAUGUCGAGAAACAGUUCGAGGUAUAUGCCGGCUCCAAUGUGCGCCUACGUUACUUUCUGCGUGCCACCAUCGUGAGACGCAUCAGUGAUAUUACACGGGAGGUGGACAUUGCUGUACAUACGCUCUGCAGUUACCCGGAGAUGAACAAUCCCAUCAAGAUGGAGGUGGGCAUCGAGGAUUGCCUGCACAUUGAGUUUGAGUACAACAAAAGCAAGUAUCAUUUGAAGGACACAAUCAUUGGCAAAAUCUACUUUCUGCUGGUGCGCAUCAAAAUCAAGCACAUGGAGAUUGCGAUCAUUAAGCGUGAAUCCACUGGCACCGGACCCAAUAUAUUCAAUGAGAACGAGACCAUUGCCAAGUAUGAGAUCAUGGACGGUGCACCUGUCAAGGGCGAGAGCAUACCCAUACGUGUGUUCCUCGCCGGUUACAAUCUGACGCCCACGAUGCGUGACAUCAACAAGAAGUUCUCGGUCAAGUAUUUUCUUAACCUGGUGUUAAUGGAUACCGAAGAUCGGCGCUACUUCAAGCAGCAAGAGAUUACGCUUUGGCGCAAGGCGGACAUACCGCGCUACCAUGUGGCCCAGCAGAUUUCCCAUCAUCAGCAUCAGCAUGUGCCGCUGCAUGCGCCGCCGCAUUUGGUUAGCGGCCCAGCUGCGCCCACCGUUGCACACUCGCUCAUUAGCAGCAGCACCGACAGCGAGGGCGCUGCCACUGGCACAGCGGGCGGCGUGCCCGGCGUCACACCAGGCGCUGCUCCCAUCGAGUCCAAGAUGGGUCUGUUUACGCGCGAGAGUCCCAAUCAGGAAUUUAGUCAGCAACAAAUUGAUUCCCCACUGCCCACCUCACCAAUGACACCCACUGGUGAUAGCAAUAUGUUUGCAACGACGGCUGGAGGUGGCUUAGCCACAUCACCAGCAGCAGCAGCAGCAGCAGCAGCAGCAGCAGCAGGAGCAGCAGCGACGGGGGCGGCAGAUUUAAGUGAACGUGAACGUGGCAUGGGCGAUGGCGCGGCGGCAACUGUAAGUGCCUCUCCCGUUGCUAUGUUAUCCAGCACACCGCCGCCGCUGCCAAGCGCCAGCGUCAGCAUCACAACUGAGAGCAGCGAUGAGCCGCCCCUAUUGCAGUCGCCGAUGCAUGCUGGAGGCGAUGGUAGCCUGAAUUUGGAUUUGGACAUGGAUCUGAGCAUGGAGCACAGUCCGCGUCUGGAUGAAGAUGAUGAGCUAACCGAUGUGGUGCUGCCGUCGCCGCCAGCAUCAGCUGGCUCUGGAAAGAAGGCGAGCACAGCACCGCUGAGUGCGGAUUGAGUGUCAGCCAUUUUGUUGUUUACCGUUAAUCAUUUGAAUUUCUAUAAUAAUGGCGAAAUACAAUAGCAGGAACGACAUAAGCAAAAGCAACUAUUUAACGUAUAUACAAAUACGUUAGCAUAUAUAUGAAAGAUUUAUAUGCGUAAGCAUAUAACUAUUUUUUUAAACCAUACAUACAAAUUAAAGUUAAUACAAUAUAUUGUUAAAAAUGUUCUAUUGAGGUUAUGCGCGCGCACAUACAUACAUAUUAUAUAUACACACAUAGAGAUGCUCUUCUUGAAAUUACAAAAAAAAAAAAGAUUAAAAAAAAAUAAUUAUUAUGCUAGAAAAAACUAUACGUUGCACAUCUCGUAGCUCUAAUUAAAACUGUAGACAAGCAAACUUAACAUCAAAAUAAUUACCUAACUAUAUACACAUAUAUUAAACAAAAAACAAAUUGUUUUUUAAAAUCUAAUAUGAAAAGAAAAGUUAACUUUCCCUACUCCUCUUUAAGCGUAUGCAUUCCCUGUUUGGAAAAUUUGAUUUUUCAAUUCGAAAUUGUUGCACACCACAACACAAAAAAAAAAACAAACAAAAUAUAUGGAAAUCGAAGUCAUAUAUGAGGAAGAGACAACAAAUAUAAAUGCUUUAAAAGUAACAAACAAACAAACCAUACGGGAUUAACAACAAGCAAAAAUCAUAUUCAAUAUAUAGAAAUAUAGACAUAAACUAUUAAUUACUAAUAAAUAAUGUUAGAGAAUGAAUAUUGAAAACGAAGCCCCCAAAACGGCCUAGCGAACAUGUUAUAUACAUAAAUAUGUAUAUAUUCUACAAGCAUACAGACAUACUGCCAGUUUGAGCAAUCGGUAUGAACAUAUAAAUUUUGAAUAGUAUGUACAAAACCAUUAUUCAUAUUAUUAAUAACACAGACACAAUUAUACAACACAUAGUACAUGCAUCAA